AUGGAGAUUGUAGGAACCAUGGAACUUGCUCCCCUUUCACAUGAGGAAUCCAGUUCUUCAGGGUUACCCCAUGAUGCUUUGUUUAUUGUCUUGGCGUACCUUCCAUUAUUUGAGCUUCUUUCCAUGAGUCGAGUUUGCAGGUCGCUGCAAGAAGCAGUGGAAAACGACGUACUGCCAUGGCUAAACAUAAUCGUCGAAAAGCCGCUCAACUUUCGGUUAUCGGAUGAGAUUCUGAUGAAAAUUGCUUCCAAGGCAAAUGGUAGGCUAAAAACAUUGACUCUCAUGUUCUGUGCCAAAAUUACAGAUGAUGGGCUUCAAAGGGUCAUCGACCAUAACCCUCAUAUCAGUAAGCUGCAUAUACCAGGUUGCACUGGUUUGACCCCUAAUGGAGUAAUAACAGCAGUACAGAAGCUAUCUGAUUGCCAACACAGCCUAAAAAGCCUUCAGGUAAACGGCAUCGCCAACAUGAAGAAAGAACAUCUCGAAAGGAUUCAAUAUUACCUUCAAACAAAACCGAAACUGCAGCUGGUUCAGCCAAGGAGACAGCCUUUGCUAUAUCAUAAUUACAGAAAGUUUCAAGCAUACAGAUGGGAAGAACAUGGCAGGGUUAUUGAUGUGGAAAUAUGUCCCAAGUGCAACGAAGUACGGGUUCUUUUCGAUUGUCCUAGGAGAUUGCAAAAGGAGCGAUACGAUUCAAUAACCAGUUGUCGGAUGUGCGUGUUUUGCGUUCCGAGGUGUGAAGAAUGCGGGAAGUGUGUUGAAAAUGAAGACUUGGAAGAGACUGUUUGUGCUGAUACCCUUUGCUCAGAUUGUUGGAUUCAGCUUUCCAAAUGUAAUUUCUGUAAUAAACCAUGUUGUAACCAACAUAGCAACAUGAAGUUAAUGUCGACCGGUUCGAUAGGGUGGGUUUGCAGCGUUUGUCAUGAUAAAUACGAUGAUCUUUGAAUAAAUCUAUCCCAGAGCCGAGUUACCACACGGCCCC